AUGAAUUUCAAAAAUAAAGGAAUCUAUAAUUUUGCAAAUUUGAAAUAUUUAUCUCUAUAUAGAAACAAGAUUGAAUCAAUUGAUAAUUUAUCCAACUUGUAUAAUUUAAAAAAAUUGUUUUUGGAUUCAAAUAUCAUCAAAAAAAUUGAUAAUUUAUCAAACUUUUUAAAUUUAAAACAACUUCAUCUAAAUCACAAUCGAAUUAGUAAAAUUCAAAACUUAUCAAAUUUAAUCAAUCUAUCUCAAUUACAUUUAUCUGAAAAUUUAAUCACAAAAAUUGAAAACUUACAUAAUUUAACAAAUCUAAGAUACAUAGAUCUAUCUCACAAUAACAUUCAUAAAAUUGAAAAUUUAGAUAACUUGAAAAAAUUAACUUAUUUAAAUCUUUCUUUCAAUACAAUAUUUAAGAUUGAUAACAUGGAAAAUUUAUCAAAUUUGAAAAAUUUAAAAUUAGCAUCAAAUUUAAUAAAAAAAUUUGAAAAUUUAGAUAACUUAACUUCACUUGAAAAUUUAUCAUUAAACUUUAACAAAUUGAAAAUCGUUCAGUUCACUGAAAACUUGAAUUUAUUAAAAUCACUUUAUUUAUCAAGUAAUGAAAUUGAAUCCUUAUCAAAUGUCAAUUUUUUGACAAAUCUUGUUGAAUUAAAAAUAAAUUCAAACAUGUUGAACGAAUUUUCAAAUGAUUUUAAAAAUUUAAAACAUUUAAAAAAAUUAGAA